GUUACUUUGUUUGGUUUUGUAAUCAAACAAAUGAAAAUGGCGAUGGAAGCGAUUUACUGUUUGUGUGGACAGCCGUAUGAAUAUAAUAAGUUUAUGAUACAGUGUGAUAUUUGCAAAGAUUGGUUCCAUGGAAGUUGUGUUGGUUUGAGGGAGUAUCUCUCCAGUGAUUUGGAUAAGUAUCACUGCCCACGGUGUGAGCCUCUCUAUGGACCAUCAUUAUUUAAACCACGAACAAAUUUCCAUAGGCAUAAUUACUCUGAGCCGGAACCAGAAAAUAAACCAGUACAAACUGGAACAGCAGUGUUCAUCAAGGAACUUAAGUCUCGCCAUUUUCCAAGUGCGGAUGGAAUCGUGUUGCGUUUACGUGGACAUCAGCUUACUCUGCCCUACUUGACACAACAUGGUUUUGAUGUGCCUAUAAUUGUAGAGGAGAAGGAGGGUUUGGAAAUGCUACUACCCCCUGAAAAUUUCACAGUCCAGGAUGUGGAAAAUUAUAUUGGAUCUGAUCGUGAAGUUGACGUUAUUGAUGUGACUCGGCAGACGGACAUCCGAAUGAAGCUUGACGAGUUUGUUGAGUAUUAUACGUCACCACCAGAACAAAGAACAAAGACAUUAAAUGUGAUCAGUUUAGAAUUCUCUCACACUGGUCUUUCACAGAUGGUAGAUGCUCCAUAUAUUGCUCGUAAGCUGGACUGGGUAAAUUACGUGUGGCCAAACGACUUACCAGAUGACACAGAGUUCAGGAAACCUGAAGUUCAAAAGUAUUGCCUCAUGGGAGUGAAAGAUUCUUACACAGAUUUCCACAUAGAUUUUGGCGGUACUUCAGUGUGGUACCAUAUAUUACGAGGCCAGAAAAUAUUCUAUAUAAUCAGACCUACCCAAGCAAACCUUUCACUGUAUCAGCGUUGGAUGAAUUCCAGUACACAGAGUGAGACAUUCUUUGGAGACCAGGUUGACAUGUGUUAUAAAUGUGUAAUGAAGGAAGGUGAGACGAUGCUAAUUCCAACUGGCUGGAUUCAUGCGGUUCUUACUCCUGUUGAUUCCUUGGUGUUUGGUGGAAACUUCUUGCACAGUUUGAACAUCAGUAUGCAGUUACAAAUAUAUGAGAUUGAAAAGAAGAUCCAUACUCCAGAGAAAUUCCGAUUUCCAGCAUUUGAGACAACAAAUUGGUAUGCAGCUAGGUCCAUUGCAAAUGAUUUGAGAGAGAUGAAUAAUAUGGGUUUGAAGUGCCCUCUUACAUUACUUAUUGGAGUUAAGGCUCUUAUCAUAACAUUAAAGCAGUGGAACCAAGAUAAAGAUAGCAGUAAGGUUAGAAGAGAAGAAAUUCCUGCCAGUAUUCAGAGUCAGAAACUGUUGAAAGAUUUGAGCAAGGAAGUGCGGCAUGCAGAACGCUUCCUGAAUUCUCUGAAUCCACCAAAACCAGAAAGGGAAUCAAAAAGGAAGAAAAAGAAACCAAUAAAUAAAGAUUUUGUGGAUUUUUCACAGCCUCAAGGCAUGGAGGAGCCAGUUAUAAUGAAAGAACCCUUGAAGCUGACAUUGAAAACCAUCAGCAGAAACCCAGCCCCUGUUGCACCACGACCACCUCUGAAGUUGACACUGCCAAAACCUGCCACAUAUCCAUACAGUACAAAUGCCUUCGGUGCAAGGAUCAGUGAUUCUGCUGACAUAGGCAAUGCAGUUCUUAGUGAGAACAAGUUGACCAGACGCUCAAUAGACAAUCAUGUAAAGUUAAAGGAAGAAGAGGAUGAUAUGAAGCUGCCUGUCCUUGAGGAGCAGACAGCAGGCUUCCUCAAGAGUGGACCUGUCAUGAGGUUGAAACUUGGGGCCAAAGAUUCCAGCAGACAGUUAAGUGACUCUGUGUAUGAUUUUCAUGAUGAAAGUGAUGAUGAUAGUCUCAUGAUUGAUGAGUUACCAAAGAACCGUAGGCACACCUUUGAAUCCUUAUCAUCACUUAAACUACCAAGCCUCUAUAUAAAUGGCAAGUCUGAGCCAAGUACAGAGUUGGAUGUAGCAGGUGAAGUGGAUGUUGUUUCAGACACACCCAAGAAUGGAAUUGAAGAGUUGUUGAAAGCCUCUGGUUAUGCAGACCGUGGGGAACAUAAUCCAAGAUUAGAAGAUAUAGAUUCUGGCAGAGCAUCUCCAUCCACAAGGGAGGCAAUUGCAGGAAUGCUGUCGAUAAGCAGAGCCUUCAUGCCUGACCACAGUAGUUCUAAGGAUGAAAUUUCGUCUCCACGACUUCGAAGGAAAAAGAUUCAAUUUUCUGAUGACUAUGGAGAAAACAUUGACAAAGUUCAUCAGGAUGAAGACUACAUUUACCCAGCAUUAGAUGGUUCAGAUGAUGAAGACCUGAUUUUCAAACCCAGAGGAAAGCGGAAGAUGGAUGAAGCAUGGAAUCCUAAGGCACGUGUUGGCCCUCUAGUUCCAAAAACAGAUAGGCCAACACGAGAAGGGACCAAGAAACAGGCUGUGGAGAAGGGUCUCGAAGCUGCUGCAGCAAAACGUGCAGGAUUGCCGUCCCCAAAGAGGCUGUACAACAGAAAGAAACCAAAGUUGCCUUCAGAACCGCAGGCUUCAACUUCACCAAUGAAGAAGGUUGAAGUGAAAUUCCGUAAGCCCAAGAAAGGCAUGGCAACAGCAAAACAGCGUCUUGGAAAGAUCUUAAAAAUACACAAAAUGAAGUUCUAAAUUAAAAUACAAUUUUUUUUCAGCUGUGAAGUAAACUUCAAAUGAUAGAAAGGCAGACUAUAGUAGGAACUGCUUGAAGGACAUCACAGAGUUCUUCAGAUUGUUUAUAUGAAGACUGGCCCAUUUCAGCUGAAUAAUGCUGUGGGAAAAUUCCUACAGUUGUUCAGAUGUGAAAUGUUUACAUUUGAGGAGAAAAGAAUAUUAUCACAAACUUCACAUGCUGUGUUAUAUAUUAUUUAAGAGAACAGAUUUUAUUAAGGGCCUUAAGAGAUUUGUAUUUGUAGUUGCACAUAUAUUUGUAAUUUAAAAAGAAGAAACUACUGUAGUUAUUGUUGCAAACAAUACAAGAAGUAAGUUUUAACUGUGAAA